AUGUCCUUAUCAAAGACCCCACCACAGACAGUGACCGAACUCCUUACCCGAGCUGAAAAAUACAUUAAUAUGGAGGAAAUGCUGAAUCCAAGGAGAUCUGGUCCUUUCCAUGAAAAGGCCGAGAACAAGAAGCAAUAUGAUCCCGUUUCCCAACCAGAGCAUCCUCGAGAAAAGCGCAAGAAUGAAGGGCCAUCAGGGCCUUUCACUCGGUUGAACACCUCCAAGGCAAAUAUCUUAAUGGAGAUCAAAGAUACGAAAGAGUUAAAGUGGCCUUCAAGAAUGAAGUCACCCCCUGACACAAGAGAUAGGAGCAAGUAUUGUGAAUUUCAUCGAGAUCAUGGGCAUAUCACAGAGGAUUAUCAAGCAUUGCAGUGGGAAAUUGAAACCCUCAUUAAAAGAGGGCUCUUAAAGAAUUAUAUUGGUUAUGAUAAACGCCCGAGGAAUGAUCGUGACAAUCGGAAAGAGCCUGGAGCCGGAAGCAGUGUUCAACCCAUUGUCGAGACCAUUAAUAUUGUCAUUGGAGGCAUAGCAUCUGGAGGAGAUACAAGUAGUGGGAUAAAACAAUAUGCCGGCCAACAUGCUCAUACCUCAAGGGAAUCCUGUGAUAAACUCGAAGACAUUACCUAUGGGACAAGAGAUUUGGAAGGAGUAUCAUAUCCUCAUGACGAUGCACUGGUUGUCUCUGCAAUUGUGGCUAACUUUGAAGUAAAGAUGAUUCUAAUUGAUAAUGGAAGUGCAGCAAACAUACUAUCACAGGAGGCUUUUGCUAAAACGAGGAUCUCUCCCAAACAGCUCAAAGCAGUAAAAGCUCCUCUACAGGGAUUUGGUGGUGGAGUAAUUAUCCCGUAG